UUAGACCUGACCUGGCGUCACGCUGCUGAUUACGUCAUCCGCCGGCGACAGACGCUUCUGUGCGACAUUUGUUUACAGGACACGAUGGCGUCGGUGGAUUUGAGAGACAACAACCUCCUGGGGAUAUCGUGGGUUGAUAGUGGCUGGGUGCCCAUCCUCAACCCUGGCAAUGUGCUGGACUAUUUCUCAGAGAGGAGUAAUCCGUUCUACGACCGCACCUGUAACAACGAGGUGGUGAAGAUGCAGCGGCUCACUCUGGAACAUCUCAAUCAGAUGGUUGGAGUGGAGUACAUUCUCCUUCAUGCCCAGGAGCCCAUCCUCUACAUCAUCAGGAAACAGCAGAGACAGUCUCCUACUCAGGUCAUCCCUUUGUCUGACUACUACAUUAUAGCUGGGGUGGUGUAUCAGGCUCCUGAUCUGGGAACAGUUAUUGGCUCCAGAGUGCUGUCUGCUGUCCACGGUGUCCAGUCUGCCUUUGAUGAGGCCAUGUCGUACUGUCGCUAUCACCCAUCUAAAGGAUACUGGUGGCACUUCAAAGACCAGGAGGAGAGAGAUGCCAAAGCCAAGCCGAAGUCAAAGAAGAAAGAGGAACCCAGUUCCCUGUUCCAGAGGCAACGUGUUGACACACUUCUACUCGAUUUGAGGUCCAAGUUUCCUCCAAUGUUUUAUCAGCCUAAGCCUGGUGAGAAGCCCAUCCCAGUGGAGGUGAAGAAGGAGACUGAACCCCCUGUAGAGCUGGUGAAACAGGAAGAGAGAGAGAGAGAGCCAGCCACCAAGACCUCUGCUCCAGCUCCCCCUAGCAGCAAACCACCUCCAGAGAAACGGGCCAGGCUACAGUGAUGACCGAUGGCCACUCCUGUAUAUAUUUCUGAUUAUGUCCAUCCUUCAAAGAAAAUAAUAAUGUCCAUUCUCACAUUGGCAAGGCACACUGAAAGGACAUAUGGGACAGGUACAACCCUACCUUUUGUUAAUUCCUCUUGGCCUUCGUCAUGAUGUCCAUUCUCACAUUGGCAAGGCACACUGAAAGGACAUAUGGGACAGGUUCAACCCUACCUUUUGUUAAUUCCUCUUGGCCUUCGUCAUGAUGUCCAUUCUCACAUUGGCAAGGCACACUGAAAGGACAUAUGGGACAGGUACAACCCUACCUUUUGUUAAUUCCUCUUGGCCUUCGUCAUGAUGUCCAUUCUCACAUUGGCAAGGCACACUGAAAGGACAUAUGGGACAGGUACAACCCUACCUUUUGUUAAUUCCUCUUGGCCUUCGUCAUGAUGUCCAUUCUCACAUUGGCAAGGCACACUGAAAGGACAUAUGGGACAGGUUCAACCCUACCUUUUGUUAAUUCCUCUUGGCCUUCGUCAUGAUGUCCAUUCUCACAUUGGCAAGGCACACUGAAAGGACAUAUGGGACAGGUUCAACCCUACCUUUUGUUCAUUCCUCUUGGCCUUCGUCAUGAUGUCCAUUCUCACAUUGGCAAGGCACACUGAAAGGACAUAUGGGGUUCAACUCUAUCUGACUGAACAAUAAGGAAGUGGUUUGUGUCUGAUGGAAGGUGUGUGGAAAUGGACCGACAUCCCAGUUUCCAGACCUAACAGACCAUAACAACCCAUCAUCCUGUUUCUGAAGGGCUUGGAAUGGCAUUAGGCAAAUGAAUAGUCACAAAUAGCAUCCUAAUUGCCUACAUAGUGCACUACUUUUGACCAGGGCCCUAAUAGGCCCUAGUCAAAAGUAGUGCAUUAUAUAGGGAAUAGGGUGCCAUUUGGGAUGCUGGCAUGAGCAGACGAAAUGAGUUGUCUGUCCCAGUACCAGACCUCAUGGGACAUUCCAUCCAUGUUCUAGAACUGUCUAGUUACUGACAACAUGUACAUCUUACUAUCGCCCCAAGACUUCUCUCUGUGAUGACGCUAGAGGUGAGAGGUUAAGGACCCGAGUGGAUUUACAAUUUGCAGUUUUUUUGAGGGUAACAUGGAAACCGUGAGAUCACCGGUAAAUCUCUAUGCACUGUUGACAUCAGCAGUAUCUUACUCAGUCGUGACUGUGGGGAGAUUUGUUUUUUGGGGGCGUUAUCUCUGAAACAUAAAUACACAUCCACACGAUACAUUUUUUCAAUAUGUAAUUGUUUUUUUUCCACGUCAAGUGAUCCUGAAUCCAUUGUCUGUUUUCAUUGGAGAAAAAAAAAAUGUUUCAUGCUUUUCUGAAUAUAAUAAUUUUCAAAAAUUC